GAAAGAGCAGAAUUAACACAAAAACACACACACACUCUCUAACAAUGAUUACUUGAAUGGCUGGACUUCUCUGACGCCAAAAAGACUGCAAGCACAGACACAGUUAGUACACAUAGUAACACAUGACUCCUGAGUGUUUGCAGAACCUUUCCUGGAGGUGAGCAUCUGUGUAUCUCUGUCAGUUAGUCACACCCUCCCUAGCCAUAUAUUUACUUUCCUUUAUUUGUACUUCAUCUGAAGAGUGUCAGUUGAAAUUCAGUACACAGCCCUCAUGGCUACAACUGUAGGCUUUAGCUCUGUGCCAGUGGGUUAUUGUGGUCCUGAGUUGCACAUCCCACCUGAGUUCAUUUGUAUUAAUAAAGAAAGUUUGGAAAAGAAAAACCAACCCGUGUCGAACGGAUACAAAUAUUGUUGAUCUUUACAAAAAAUAUAUUCUGUACCUGCUGUUUCCAUUACAUAUGUCACAUUUAUUUUGUUGCAACAUUGCUUUUAUGGAAUAAACCUGGGUCAAUGGAAACCUGCCUACUGUCUUCACUUUUGUCUCCACUUUAGUAUGUACAGUCCCCAGCACACUGAGAAUUAAAAAACACAAAAAGUAAUAUCAAGUCUAAAGUCCACAUGAUAAGAGACCUGAACAAAAUUGUUAAGAAAUUCACCACUUGCUUUUCCUUGUAUAAAAACUCAACUAACCGCUCCUGAGGAAGCUACUCAAGCAAACGCUGUAUCACAGUUUUUAAGUAACCUCACUCCCUAGAGUUGGAUAGAGAGCGCACUUUGCACAUAACUUGAGUAUGGUCAGUGCCUUUGAACAUCGAAGACAUACACCAUUUUAAAGCAGUCAACUUGGUGGGACUUUCUAUGGUUUGUUUCUUCAGCCCUAUUCCUCAGCUUUAUAGCAAACCAAGUGGCAGAGUUGCUGUCUUGUUGUUUUUCAAAGUAAGGAGUGGGGCUUUAGUAUUUUCCCAGACAGACAAGUUCAAUUAAAUGCACGAUAAUUGCACCAUUUUGUUAAAUCUGCAUAUAUUACAGAGCCUAUGGCAUAAUGCUAACACAACUUAGUUCAUUCUAGUUCUCAUUUUAUGGUGUGUGCUUGUAGCCUGGAGAAAUCCAGUCUGUGCUACCAUGCCAAAUCCUUUUCACUCAUUGUCAUGCCAAACAUGCCGGCGUUUGGCAUGACAAGGACAGACAAGGAGUUGAUAUGCUAGCACAAACAUACUGGAUUUAUCCAGGCUAGUUUGCUUGUUCCGCCUCCUCUUCUUGAUCUUCCUCCUCCUCCUCUUUGUGCCGUGGGGAAGAUCUUCGUGGGCUAUACUCGGCCUUGUCUCAGGGUAGUAAGUUGGUGGUUUGAAGAUAGCCCCACAUAGUGGUGUGGGGCUGUGCUUUGGCAAAGUGGGUGGGGUUAAAUCCUCCCUGCUUGGCCCUGUCCAGGGUUAUCGUCGAACGGGGCCACAGUGUCUCCCGAGUCCUCCUGUCUCAGCCUCCAGGUGUUAUGCUGUAAUAGUAUAUGUGUCGGGGGGCAAGGGUCAAUCUGUUAUACCUGUUAUAUCUCCUUUCUUAUCUAAAGGGGAUUGAGAGUAUGGUUUGUUGCUUGAGCUAUUUUGCGUAAGAGAAGCUGUACAGUGCUGGAGGAAGGUACCACAUCUCUCCUAUAAGCAAGUGAGAAUGAGAGUGACUGACCCAUAUAGGAUACUGACUACAAAGAGAACAGACAGAGAAGCGAUAACCACACGCUAUGAUGUUCUGUCCAAACCUCAGGUGACGGUCCAUGAUAACAUCUGUAGCAUGGUGUGUUCUGUGGAGAACGGGAGAGAGGUGACCCUGUCCUGGUACAAAGGAGGGGAGAUGCUCAACCAGACCAGCAGCCCUGACCACAACAUCACCCUCGCUCUACCGCUCAAGGUGGAUGAACAGAACAGAGACUCUUACAGAUGUGAGGCUGCCAACCCAGUCAGCAAGGAGACAGCUGUUGUUCCACAUUCCUGUAUAGAGAGUGAUCCCUCUAAGGUGAAAGAUGGUGAUUGUCUUAUUGCAGUAAUCUGCAUUUUGGUUACUUUAGGACUUGUUGGACUUACAAUAUAUCUUAAGAAGAGGAGAAACGGACACUCACAUGCAGAUUCACCUGAAAGAGAGCAAGAUGACGUUCAGUAUGCAGAGAUAACUCACAUUAAACCAGCAGAAAACCAGGAGGAGCGAAGAGGUAUACCAGAACUGGAGUCACUUAGAGACAACCCUGACCUGACGUUAGUUUAUUAUACACUCCAUUUACAUCACAUGCCUGCCAGCGAGGAUGUUAACACUGCAUGAAGGAGAGAGAGAACAGGAAGUUAAUGAGAGGGUGACAUGAUAAUCCACAUCCACAGCAGUUUGAAUGUAUGAAAGUCAGAGUUUAGUUUAUUAAGAAGGACCUUUUAUUGCUUGUCCUUAUCUAGGUACACAGUAUGUAGCUCAUGAUCUCUUAAGAAUACAAUCACUCCCUCCUGCAGAGUCCCCUAUUAGAGCAUGUUGUGCUCCACCUACAUUGGCCCACAUACAGUAUACAGUGGGGCAAAAAAGUAUUUAGUCAGCCACCAAUUGUGCAUGUUCUCCCACUUAAAAAGAUGAGAGAGGCCUGUAAUUUUCAUCAUAGGUACACUUCAACUAUGACAGACAAAAUGAGAAAAGAAAAUCCAGAAAAUCACAUUGUAGGAUUUUUAAUGAAUUUAUUUGCAAAUUAUGGUGGAAAACAAGUAUUUGGUCACCUACAAACAAGCAAGAUGUAUGGCUCUCACAGACCUGUAACUUCUUUAACUUCUUGCGUCGAGCCAUCCCGGAUCCGGGAUCGUGACUACAGCCUCAAGCCCAUUAGCGUAACGCAACAUUAACUAUUCAUGAAAAUCGCAAAUGAAAUGAAAUAAAUAUGCUAGCUCUCAAGCUUAGCCUUUUGUUAACAACACUGUCAUCUCAGAUUUUCAAAAAUAUGCUUCUCAAACAUAGCAAAACAAGCAUUUGUAUAACAGUAUUGAUAGCUAUUGAUAGCUAGCGUUAGCAUUUAGCGUUAGCAUUUAGCGUUAGCAUUUAGCGUUAGCAGUCAGCAGGCAACAUUUUCACAAAAAACAGAAAACCAUUCAAAUAAAAUAAUUUACCUUUGAAGAACUUCGGAUGAUUUCAAUGAGGAGACACUCAGUUAGAUAGCAAAUGUUCCGUUUUUCCUGAAAGAUUAUUUGUGCAGGAGAAAUUGGUCCGUUUUCUGCUUCAUGUUUGGCUACCAAAAAAAAUUUGAAAAUUCAUUCAUCAAAACGCCAAACUUUCUUCCACAUUAACUCCAUAAUAUCGACUGAAACAUGGUAAACGUUGUUUAGAAUCAAUCCUCAAGGUGUUUUUCACAUAUCUCUUCAUAUCGUUCCUGGAAAUCUCGUCUCUGUCUCAAUCACAUGGAUGAAUGCGAGCAGCUUGGAGAUUACGCAACAAUUUCAACAAAGGACACCGGGCGGACACCUGGUAAAUGUAGUCUCUUAUGGCCAAUCUUACAAUGAUAUGCCUACAAAUACGUCACAAUUCUGCAGACAACUUGGAGAAACGAUAGAAAGGGCUCAUUCGUGGCACUUUCACAGCCAUAUAAGGAGACAAUGAAAAACAGAGCGUCAAAAAUCCUGCUCAUUUCCUGUUUGAAGUUUCAUCUUGGUUUCGCCUGUAGCAUCAGUUCUGGGGCACUCACAGAUAUCUUUGCAGUUUUGGAAACGUCAGAGUGUUUUCUUUCCAAAGCUGUCAAUUAUAUGCAUAGUCGAGCAUCUUUUUGUGACAAAAUAUUGCGCUUAAAACGGGCACGUUUUUUAAUCCAAUAAUGAAAUAGCGCCCCCAUAGCUUCAACAGGUUAAGAGGCCUCCACUCGUUACCUGUAUUAAUGGCACCUGUUUGAACUUGUUAUCAGUAUAAAAGACACCUGUCCACAACCUCAAACAGUCACACUCCAAACUCCACUAUGGCCAAGAUCAAAGAGCUGUCAAAGGACACCAGAAACAAAAUUGUAGACCUGCACCAGGCUGGGAAGACUGAAUCUGCAAUAGGGAAGCAGCUUGGUUUGAAGAAAUCAACUGUGGGAGCAAUUAUUAGGAAAUGGAAGACAUACAAGACCACUGAUAAUCUCCCUCGAUCUGGGGCUCCACGCAAGAUCUCACCCCGUGGGGUCAAAAUGAUCACAAGAACGGUGAGCAAAAAUCACAGAACCACACGGGGGACCUAGUGAAUGACCUGCAGAGAGCUGGGACCAAAGUAACCAAGCCUACCAUCAGUAACACACUACGCCGCCAGGGACUCAAAUCCUGCAGUGCCAGACGUGUCCCCCUGCUUAAGAAGUACAUGUCCAGGGCCAUCUGAAGUUUGCUAGAGAGCAUUUGGAUGAUCCAGAUGAAGAUUUGGAGAAUGUCAUAUGGUCAGAUGAAACCAAAAAUAUAACUUUUUGGUAAAAACUCAACUCGUCGUGUUUGGAGGACAAAGAAUGCUGAGUUGCAUCCAAAGAACACCAUACCUACUGUGAAGCAUGGGGGUGGAAACAUCAUGCUUUGGGGCUGUUUUUCUGCAAAGGGACCAGGACGACUGAUCUGUGUAAAGGAAAGAAUGAAUGGGGCCAUGUAUUGUGAGAUUUUGAGUGAAAACCUCCUUCCAUCAGCAAGGGCAUUGAAGAUGUAACGUGGCUGGGUCUUUCAGCAUGACAAUGAUCCCAAACACACCGCCGGGCAAUGAAGGAGUGGCUUCGUAAGAAGCAUUUCAAGGUCCUAGAGUGGCCUAGCCAGUCUCCAGAUCUCAACCCCAUAGAAAAUCUUUGGAGGGAGUUGAAAGUCUGUGUUGCCCAGCAACAGCCCCAAAACAUCACUGCUCUAGAGGAGAUCUGCAUGGAGGAAUGGGACAAAAUACCAGCAACAGUGUGUGAAAACCUUGUGAAGACUUACAGAAAAUGUUUCAGAGGAGCUAGCCAACAACACAGCUAACACAAUUACUUCCAUCUGAAACUGGAAAGACUGCAAACUAACUGUUUUACCCUUUUUCAAUUGACAUUUCUUUGUAUAUAUCCAUAAAAAUAAUGCCAGCUGAUUCAUGAUUUUGACAGGCUGAGAAACUCUGCCUAAUUUUCUCUCUCGUCCCAACUCCCGACCCCUACACAUUCAUUACUAUGGGACAGUUGGAGAUCAAAUCUGAAUAUUGAAAAAAUAUUGCAUAUGUUGGAGAGACAGACAACAAGGUUUAUACAAAUCUCCGCUGUUGAUAACUAAAUGUUAGUCGAAAAGACAUGUGAGAUAAUGUCUAGAUGCUUUUUGUAGUGGAGAUCAAGUUUACAAAUUGCUUGGCUGUGUCACGAAUCUCGCCGAAGAUGGUGCCUCUUCCUGUUCGGCGGCGCUCGGUGGUCGUCGUCGCCGGCCUAUUAGCUGCCAUCGAUUCCCUUUCCGUUUGUUUCUGUUUAUUGGGUUUAAUUGGGUACACCUGUUUUGAGUUACCCGCUGGGUAUUGUGCGGGCUUGUUUCCUGUUAUCGAUGUAUGAGUGUUAUCAGUAUUUUUCCGGACAGGUUUUAGUCCGGUAUAUUUUUGGGACGGGUUGUUUCAUGCGCCCUGGUGUUUUGCAUGUCGUGGAAUCACAGUCUAUGGAAUAAAAUAUCCACGUACUGAAUUACCUGCUCUCUGCGCUUGACUCCUCCACUCGCCAUCAUUAGAAGUUGUAACAGGCUGAUGAGACAGUGGAUUGCGCAGUCAGAUGGAACAGAGUAAAUAGGCAUUUUAACGUCAUAGAUUUAUCCGGAGGAAACCUGCGGAAUAGACACCGGCUGGAAUAUGCAUUUAACCAAUCAGCAUUCAGGAUUAGACCCACUCGUUGAAUAAUAUGUCAUGUUUCAUGUUUUGUGUUUUGUGUGGACCCCAGGAAGAGUAGCAGCUGCUUUUGCAACAGCUGAUGGGGAUCCUAAUAAAUAUCCAAAUACCAAAUGUAGCCGACUGCUAGCGUCAAAUUAGGAGGGACCACUGUAAUUGUUGAGUGGUUUUCAAGUGUAUUUCUCUAUUUAUUGAGUUUAAGUGUAUUUGGGACAUUUUGUCCUGUUACUUUUAAUGCCAGGUAGCUGUACAUUUCUAAUAUUAAAAUAUUGACUAAUCCUAUUAAAAUUCAAGCAUUGCUUUCAAGGCAACAAUGUGUUUUUCUUCUAAUGUAUUUCCCACAUAUAGUGGUUUAACAGUUUUAUAUUUCAGUAUACUGUAUACUGUACUGUACAUAUUACACCAUGUUGUACCCUGAGCCAGUAUACUGUAAGUCUUGAAAGAUGUGUCAGCAAAAUGUACUCAAACCUUUCUAUGCUUUUACAUUUGGACUGUGCUCAUGCAUUAUUGUGCCAAAUUAUAUUUUAUAUAAAAACAUGUCUUGUAUAUUAUGCCAUGCCAAAUAUAAUUUUAAUCACAUUUGGUCAGAAAA